AUUGUCGGUUCCAGAAAUAUUUAUUUGUUUUUUUCUAUUAAAUAAAAUAACAAAAUUAAUGACAUAAAUAAUGAACUGAUCGGUUGUUUAAGCGAUUUCGCAAAACUAAGAAUAUUUACGAAGUUGUAAUAAAGCAUUUUUCGGUAAACAUUGCCAUUUCAGUCAGCACAACAUUAAUUUUAUUAAUGUAAAAUUUUACCACCGUACUUUAUUACAUUUUUCUGUAACAAUAAAUUUUUGGUGUGUAAUAAAAUGGAUUUUUUAUGUUUCCAAUGACGGUAAGAGUUUUACGUAGUUUGAUUGGUUAUUGUCGAAGCAAGAGAGCAAGAUAUCUAUUCGAAGAAAUACAGAUACUGCACAACAUCAAAGCCGCAGUGAAGGAACACGAUUGGUUGCGCGUAACGCGACAAAUACAUAACGAUAACGGCGCGUAUCGUAUACAUAGCAGAGUAGUACUACUAUUUCGCCGUACAAAUAAAUGACACGCAAUAGUGAAGAGCCAAUAAAAUCUGGUACAAAUACAUCACUUUUUAUGUAUCAAGUGCUUAAACAUACAAACAGUAGCGAGUAAAUAAAUUGCUCUUAAUAAUUUGCAACAGGAACGAGCGCUGCGUCUGUGUAUGAUACUGAUAACAUGUGAAUCUGUGUUUUGAUGUCGCAAGGCAUGAGGCGGCAUGAGUACGGCAUGACUUCCAUGCCCUGCGUACCUGCGGAAGGGCGUGCGGUGCGGAUUACGUUUACUAUGAAUGAUUUUAUCUCUUUCUAAACUUUCUAAACCCGAGUAUCUGUGAAUGACCGAGUAUAAUAGUGAGCGUACUAAAUUACGUAUCGAAAAGUGUUUGUUGUGAUGUAUUUUGAUAAUUUUGCAAAGAUAAGAUUUUUCGUCAGCGGUGUUAUCGUGGUGUGCGGGUGCAGAAUCGGUGGUGUGCGGCCCACGGAAUAAAUUGUCAUAUGGAAGCGCGCGGGACGAUUCGUUACGGCGGUCGUUUUGCCAGACGAACCUGCAUUUACGCACUUUAUGGUGAAGAUACUGCGUAUUUUUAGUGAGGGCGCUCGUUUAACCGUAUUACUAUUCGGGUGACUUUCAUCAUCGGGUGUAAACAACUUCAAGGUUAUCGGUUGGCAUGUGCGAGUGUCUGUAGACAGGGAGCUAUGUCGGGGGCGGGCGCGGGCGCCGUGGUGCGCCAGGGCCACCUGCGUAAGUUAAAAAAUAUGAAGAAGAAAUACUUUGUGUUGCGCGCGGAGACCGCAGACUGUUCGGCACGUCUUGAGUAUUACGAAUCUGAGAAGAAAUUUCGAGCUAGUGCGGCCCCAAAGCGCGUGCUGCCUCUCAAGAGCUGUUACAACAUUACUCGGAGGCUGGACCUCAAGCAAAAGCACGUGAUCGCCCUGUUCACACGAGAGGAGCAAUUCUGCGUUGUUGCAGAAAACGAGCAGGAGUUACACGCCUGGCUCUCAGCCAUUCUCAAACAGCAUCGUUCAGACGACGCCAGUACCGAACCUCUGCUACCCAUACAACGCGUCUGGCAAGUUACCGUUCAAAAGAAAGGACUUGGCGCCUCUAAGAACAUCCAGGGUCUAUACAACCUCUGUCUUACGGACAAGACUCUAACUCUGGUCAAGAUCAAGAGUCACAACAACGUUAUCAGCGAUCUAGGGAUACCCGAGCGAGUGGAGUAUUCCCUAAAGAAUAUUAGAAGGUGCGGGGAUUCAGAGUGCUUCUUCUACAUGGAAGUCGGAAGGCAGACUACGACGGGAGCCGGCGAACUUUGGAUGCUCUGCGACGAUUCGAACAUAGCGCAGAGCAUGCACUCUACUAUACUACUAGCGAUGCGAGACUGCGCGAAAGAGACAGAGCACGAGCGCGACCACAUCGUCAUGCACAAGAACUACGAGGGCUCCAACACGCUGCCGACCAGACGACAGACGUACUCCGACGGCAAGGGUCGAGCCGGCCUCACCAACGAGGCGGCUGGAUUGUGCGUGGGCGCCUGCAUCAGGCAGUGUGUCUGUGCGGGGGACGACUCGCUGCCCCUCGCCCCCCUCACGCCCCUCACCCCGCUCGCCCCUCACGCCGAAAACCAAGCGCCGAAUAACCCACUAACCGACAAAAAGGAGAACAGGCGCGCUCUAAAACACACUAGGACGAUAUCGUUGCCGAGCGGCUGUCCGUUAUUCCAAGAGCCGCCGAAGAUCGCGCACGAGAGGACUCGGUCCGAGCCCUUGACGGGGGACGAAGUCGAUAGAGUGAUCCUAGAGAAGGCCGUCUCGCACUCUUCCUUUAAAGCGAUCAAUGGAAGUGACGCGCCGCUGAAGAAAACGCAGUGGUCGCGCCGGGCCAGUACCGGCACGGGCUCGCGACUGCCGAAGCUGUCGCCGGCGCACACCAAGAACUCGACGACAUUGCGGAGUCGCUGCGACAGUAUGCCGGCCCGUGCCUGCUCCGCGCUCGACGUGGAGCGGCCCCCGCCCAGGCACUGCGAUCUCGACGGUUUAGAUAUAGGCAGAGACGAGGUGGAGGGCACCGAGUGGUUGAGAACUCCUCGCAUCCCCGAGGAACCAGAUCCCUGUGACAUGUCCAAAGACUUCAUGCAUUGGCACGGUCGGAGCACGGAGGAGAGUCACGCGGUGGACGGGUACCUGCCGAUGACCCCGGGCCACGACCUGCUGGCCGGGCUGGUCUCUGCGUCCAGCGGAUCUGUAUGCAGCGGUACUCCUUCUACGGAUCCUAGGUUCAGCGAGUACCAGCUGGAGCCGGCGACGUCCCACAUCGGCGUGGAGAGCCGCCCCCCGCGCGCCUACAGCGUGGGCUCCCGGCCCGCGCGCACAGCCCCCACCGAGCCGCGCCACCGCGCCUACAGCGCCGGCUCCAGCGCGCGCCACCGCUCGCACGCCGCGCACCCCGCGCUGCCCCGGGCCUCCGCCGAGGACCUCAUGGAGCUCGACUUCUCCAACAACUCGCCCUCGAACAAGUCGUCGCUGCCGCACAGCCCGCCGCCCGGCGCCGCGGCCCGCCAGCGCAACACCGACGAGUACGUGGACAUGUCCCCGCGCAACGCCGGCUACGUCGAGAUGAAGCCCGCCACCGACGGCUACGUGGAGAUGCACGCCAGCCUCCGCGCCGGCUCCGCCACGCUCUUCCCGCUCGAGCUGGACCCCGCCGACGGCCUGGGCCCGCUCCGGGAGCUGUCCGAGGAGGCCCGCCCGCCGCCCGAGCCGCACUACGUCUCGCUCGCCAACAGGACGCACGACGACGCCGCACGAGCAGCGGAACCGAACACGGCGCCGAUAGUGGUGGCGGGCGGCGGCGGCGUGCCCGCGCGCUUCACGCUGGAGGAGGAGCCCGCCCCGCCCGCGCCGCUCAACUACGCCGCGCUGGACCUGGAGCCGCGCCCCGCCGCCUCCGCCGCGCCGCCGCGCACCUACACGCAGAUCGACUUCGUGCGCACGUGCGAGAAGCUGCACGCAGCCGACGGCACGUGAACGCGCGGCGUGGCGUGGCGCGGCGGGGCGUGGCGCGGCGCGGCGUGGCGGGCGGACCGUGUCCUUAUAGUGUACAUAUUAAGACGUGUGUUUUGUUCGGCGCUCGGCCUGCGGCUGCGUGAACCCGUGAGCGUGUCCGAUUAACUUUAUAACGAUCGAUAUUAAGUUGUCGAAAACGUAUGUUGAAUUACAUUAAUUAAGUUAAUGUUUGAAACGAUGGAAGUUGAAGGAGCGAUGUGUCGCUUUAAUUAUUAUUAUUUUUAAUAUUUCACGAUCACUAGGCGUCGCUUGCUUUAUCUUAACUAUUUAAUAAGUGUAUACUUUUUUUGUUAUUAAUUUUAUUACUAUUAUAAUUCGAUUUGAUUAUUAUCAAUUCAUUGUAUUGCGAUUGACGAAUCGUUUGUAAAAAUAUAAUAGUUAAUAAUGACAUUUAAAGGAUUGAAAAUUAUCCUAACUCCAAAAAAAAGUAUCUAAAUUAUAACUUUCAUGUAUGUGUAAUCGAAAUUUUUUAAAGUGUAAUUGUUUAUUUUUAUUUUUAGAGCGACCGUGGGUUUUGACAGCGGCUAGGUAGUCUAACGGUUCAAGAUGUAAAAUGAAUAUAUAUAUAUAUACAUUAUGUAUAAA